UCAUCAAUCAUGUUGUGUUCUGCUCUCAAAGCUAUGUACGGAACAAUAGUAUAGAUUAAAAAUUAGCAUUUCCUGUUUCAUCAUCCCGAAAUCCAAACACUCACAACAGUAUUUGGAGAGGCAUCAUAUUCUCGAAGCUUAAUAACAUAGUUCAAAAUGAAACGUUCACAACCAAAGUGGAGUCCUCCAUCAGGAGAAGGGAAAUCAGUUUUACGUCUUUACAAUAGUUUAACUAGACAAAAGGAGGAGUUUGUUCCUCAGUCAGGUCACACCAUCACCUGGUAUAAUUGUGGGCCAACAGUCUAUGAUGCCUCUCACAUGGGCCAUGCUAGGUCAUACAUAUCUUUUGACAUCCUGCGGCGAGUUCUGAUGGACUACUUUCACUAUGACAUCUUUUACUGCAUGAACAUAACAGACAUAGAUGAUAAGAUCAUAGUAAGAGCUCGUCAGAAUUACUUGAUGGAUCAGUACAUUCAGAGUAACCCAAGCCCAGAUCAGAUCAAGAAGGAUGUCACAUCAUCUCUAGAGCUCCUGAAAGCUAAGAUUGCCAAAGAGUCUGACCCAGACAAACUGAACAUGCUGACCAAGAUGCAGCAGAAAGUUAUGGCCUUGGUGGAUAGCGGGGAUGCAGGACAAAAUGUGAAUACUGUCCGACUGGUGGAGAUACGAGACAUAAUGGCACCUUGGCUAGACAAACAAAAAGGUGCUACUGUAACAGAUAAUGCGAUUUUCUCAGAACUUCCAAGAUACUGGGAAGAAGAAUUUCACAAAGACAUGGUAGCCCUGAAUGUUCUUUCUGCAGAUGUCCUGACUAGAGUUAGUGAAUAUGUACCAGAGAUAGUAGAGUACAUCAAAAAGAUAAUAAACAAUGGCUAUGGAUAUGAAUCUAAUGGUUCAGUCUACUUUGACACUAAGGCUUUUGAUAGUGCACCAAACCAUUUCUAUGCUAAGAUGGUGCCUGAAGCUUAUGGAGACAAGAAAGCUUUGGCCGAAGGAGAAGGUGAGUUGAGUGUUUCUGAUGAGGCAGGAGAAAAACGAAGCGCAACAGACUUUGCAUUGUGGAAAGCAUCUAAGCCUGGUGAACCAUCUUGGGAGUCUCCUUGGGGAAAGGGAAGACCUGGUUGGCAUAUUGAAUGCUCUGUAAUGGCCAGUGAUAUCUUUGGAGAGUCCAUGGACAUUCACUCUGGAGGCUUUGAUCUCAAGUUUCCUCACCAUGACAAUGAACUUGCUCAAGCAGAAGCAUAUUAUGAAAAUGACCAUUGGGUCCGUUACUUUGUCCAUUCUGGCCACCUGACCAUUGACGGCUGCAAGAUGUCCAAAUCUCUCAAGAACUUUAUCACUAUAAAGGAAGCUCUGAAGAAGUACACAUCCAGACAAAUGAGACUGUUGUACUUGCUGCACUCCUGGAAGGACACUCUGGACUUCAGCGAGAAAACAAUGGACGUGGCCUUAGAGUAUGAAAGAACUUUGAAUGAAUUUUUCCUGAAUGUGAAAGACAGUGUUCGAAAUGUCGCAGCAACUGGAGUCAGUGCCUUCUCGAAGUGGACGGAAGAGGAAGUGAAACUGAAUGAAAGGUUCCAAGGAAAACGUAAAGCAAUUCAUGAAGCUCUGUGUGAUAAUGUUGACACAAGAAGCUCAAUGGAACAUAUACGAGAGCUUGUGUCUGCUGGCAACUCUUACAUGGCCACUGCUAGAAGCAGCCAGAGGCAAGUCAACAGAAAGCUUCUUAUGACUAUUGCAGAAUACAUCACAGACAUGCUCAAGAUAUUUGGUGCAAUACCAACAGAACAGUCAAUCGGUUUCCCUCAAGGAGGAGCUCAGAAUACAAAUGUAGAAGAAACAGUCAUGCCUUUCUUGUCAGCUUUUGCCAGCUUCAGAGACAAUAUUAGAUCACUUGCCAGGGAAACGAAACAGAAAGAUAUUCUCUCAGAAUGUGAUAAAGUGAGAGAUGAGGUCCUGCCAAACCUGGGUGUUAGACUGGAAGAUCAUGAAGGCUCUGCUACUGUGAUCAAGUUGGUAGACAAGGAAGAGUUACUGAAAGAGAGAGCAGAGAAAUUAAAGCUAGAAGAAAAGAAAAGAUUAGAGAAAGAGAAAAAGAAAGCAGAACAGGCUGAAAAAGAUGCUCAGAAAGAAGCCCAGAGAAGGAUUCCACCAUCAGAGAUGUUUAAGAGUGAAACUGAUAAAUAUUCUAAAUUUGAUGAGAAGGGUAUUCCUACACAUGAUGCAUCUGGUGUUGAAAUUCCCAAAAGUGCCAUGAAAAAAUUACAAAAACUUUACGCUGCUCAGGAAAAGAAGUAUGAAGACUUCCUGAAAUCUCAAAAAAGUUGAAAUUGUGAUGUCUUAGACCUGGUUCAAGAAAUGAAUUCUCUCUUUUUGUGAUUGAUCCUAAUGAAUCAUCCGUCAAUUAUUCACUGACCUCAAUGGUGAAGGACAUAGAAACAUUGUUUAUAUUAACUAAGGAAAUUGUUGUAAUUACUAAGAAGUAUUAUUUUUUUUAACCUUUUCUUAGUUUUUGGGAAAACUAAAUCCAUAUAGAAAGGUUUGAGUUUCUAGAAGUGUAUAGCUGAAUUAUCCCAUUUGUUUAUUGAUUAGGCUCAGGUGUUCUAGAAAUGUAUAGCUGAAUUAUUCUGUUUGUUCAUUAUUAGGCUCAAGUGUUCUUAGAAGUGUAUAGCUGAAUUAUUCUGUUUGUUCAUUAUUAGGCUCAGUGGUGUAUAUUUUCAUUGUUUGGGACAGUUAUGCAAGACACAUAAAUACAGCAAAUGUGUACUUGAGAUUUUGACAAAAUAAUGCUGUGGCACAAUAACAGUAACUCUAUGACUUUUGUUUUCUUUCUGAUUAUUAUUUGUUUUUUUUUUUUUGCUUAAUUAAUAUUUUUAAAUUGUUGUUUUCUUAAGGUGUAAAAUUUGUGGUUAUUAUUAUUACUUUUUUGGUGUUUUUUUUUAGCUUUAUAUUUUUAAAGUGUUAGCAAAAUAAGAAAUAUUACAAGUUAUUUUAUCAUGUGCAUUAUUUUGUUCUGAGAUAAUAAAUGCUGUUCACUUGUAGGUUUGAUUCUAUUCCCAGCAAGCUAUCUUGCCCUAAAUAAUUCUGUACAGUUUUCAAGAUGUCAUGUUAUUGUCAUCUUACAUAGUUUUUAUUUCUUGUUCAUUUUUUUAAAUUUAUUAUCUCUAGUCUUAGGUAAUAAUGUGUAUGGAACCGCUUCUUGAAGUCCAAGUGGGAAGUUUUCUUAUUUACCUUAAAGUAGGUCUAUGCCCUUCUCAACAAACUUGUUAUAAAAUAGAAAAAUAUUUGCAACCAAUACUUCAGAAGACUGAUUGCUGGACAAUAGAACAAUUUUUCCACAGAAACACAUUGCAAAUGUUAUUUUGAUUAAUUGCAUUAAAGUGCAACAAAAAAAAAUGAUUGAAAUUUGACAUUAGAUCAGCAGCUUAAUGUAAAAGAUUGUGAUUUAUUGUACAGAAACAUUGACAGAUUUUCAUGCAAUGUCAAGGAUGCUAACUUGAACUUCAGUGUUGCCAACUAAAAAAAUGAUUGAGCUAAAAUUUGUUAGAACUUAGAACAUUUUAUUCUGCAGUGCACAAAAAUUAUCAUUUAUUUGUUGUUUUUCCCCCAUAGAUGAAAAUCUCUAGAAACCUACUUAGUACCUGACUUGAUGUAAAUUAUCUUUUUAUUUUAUCUAUACAUUACAGUUUAAUAGAAACAUCUAAUAUUUGUCAUUUUACUACAAUCAUUGUCAAUUAUAAAUGUCAUUAAAAUAUCAUUAUUUUCAAUGAAAAUAUAUAUAUAUAUAUAUAUAUAUAUGAAAUAUAUAUAACUUUACAAGUCCCUAUAUAAUGUGAUUGUUCUAUAAUAAUAAUUUAUUUUUUUGCCUUCUAAUUUCAUGUUAAUGAAGAUGUUUGAUUAUCUUCGUUAUAAUGUAUCAUCUUGAGUUUUUUUUUUCAAUCAUUUCAAUAUAUGAUGUACAUAACUUGUUGAUUUGUGAAAUUAAAAUAAUCACAAAGUUACUAAUCUAAAAGGCCUGUUUUUCUUUUUUUUUUUGUUGGUAUAAGGUGGCGGUAAUGAGAUUACUAGUUGGAUCAUGUAAUAAGCCCUAAACAUCAUCUAAAUCAUUAUUUAUGAUCUUGACCUAAACAACCUAUUUUCUUCCUUGAAAGUAUAGCAUAUUAGUUGGAUAUUAUUAAAAUUUAAAAACUAAGCACACUGAAAUUAUACAAAUAUAGCUUUGGUCACUAACUUUGGCUUUUGUGUAUUAAAUGCUAACACAGUUAACUCAAUCAAUACAAGAAAGCUAAUUACAUGUAAAUUAAUAAAUUUUUUUUUUUAUUCCUAUGCCAAAUUCUUUGUAUAGGUCAGUAAGUUUUUUAAGUGCCUUUUUUUUUUUUUUUCAGAACACGUAUAAGUUUAACAUGUCUUCCCACAGAAAAAAUUAAGUUUAACAAAUCUUGCUAAUUAUGUGCAUCACGCUUAGAAUUUUAGCACCAAAUCAUUUAGGAUUAAAGAGAAUGUUUAAUAAAAAUUUGGCUUACAACAAA